AUUUUUGCGCAUGCGCAUGAACUCGAUUUUUCGCAGCAACUCUAAACCCUCCAUGGUGGGGUACUGCGCAUGAUACUGAUAGGGACAGGAAUAUAGAAGAGGCCAGUGACAUGCUAGAAACCUAACUAUAGAUAACAGAGCAUCUGUUUCGACAUGGAGACUAUCAGCUUAGAUGGGGAACAUGAGAAAACUCCGGUUUACUGCACAUUUGCAAGCGCGCGAAGACAGAAGCAGGAACAGGAGACGCUCACUCGCAGGUUCAGGUGGUGCAGUUUUCUUCUCACAGGAGCACCAGCUCGAGGUAUAAGAAUAAUUGUGAAAAUAAAGACUCCCAUGGAUCAUCACAUCUUGUAGCAAAUAGUGAGUCCCCACUGAUCCUACCAGCAAAGAUGAGCCAACGCCAAGGUAAAGACGCAUACCUUUCUCCAACCAAAGAUUUGGUCCAGGCUACACUCAGUCCCGGCAUUAUCCACAGCCAUGCUUUCCAUUUGAGAACUGUAACCCUCAACAAACACUUGGCCAUGAAAGAAGAGGGCCCAUUGAGGCGCAGGUCAUGUGCUGGGGUCUCACCUGGGACCUUCCUCCCGCGACCUGAUGGACGGAAGCUUGUCAGAAAUGCAUCCUUUGGCGGAUAUAAUGAGCUUUCCCCUGCUCUACCAGGGUUUGAUAAAGGCAAGGAUGAAGUCUUGCAAAGCAAGGAAGAUACUUCUAUUUCAAUGUCAAAGAGCAAGUCAGAGUCUAAGUUAUACAAUGGUUCUGAAAGGGAUAUUGCUUCUGCUUCAAGCAAACUUACGAAAAAGGAGUCUCUCAAGGUUCAAAAGAAAAACUAUAGAGAAGAAAAGAAGAGAGCCACAAAAGAAUUGCUUAGUACUAUCACAGACCCAUCGGUUAUUGUCAUGGCUGAUUGGCUAAAGAUACGUGGAACUUUAAAGAGCUGGACAAAACUAUGGUGCGUGCUGAAGCCUGGAGUUCUGCUAAUCUACAAAACUCCCAAAAAUGGCCAGUGGGUUGGUACAGUGCUUCUGAAUGCUUGUGAAAUUAUUGAACGUCCAUCUAAAAAGGAUGGCUUUUGCUUUAAGCUGUUUCAUCCUCUGGAACAAUCAAUCUGGGCUGUUAAGGGUCCCAAAGGUGAAGCAGUUGGUUCAAUUACACAGCCGUUACCUAGCAGUUACUUGAUUAUUCGAGCUGCAUCAGAAUCAGAUGGAAGGUGCUGGAUGGAUGCUUUGGAGCUUGCACUGAAAUGUUCUAGUCUUUUGAAGCGAACUAUGAUCAGAGAAGGUAAAGAGCACGACCUAAACUCUUCUGCCGAUAACAGCCACGUGGGUUUUUAUGGUCUGUUAAGAGUUAACAACCUUCACAGCAAUGAAAACUUCCAGUUAAAUGAUAGUGAAAUUGAAAGGCAUCAUUUUAAAGAUCAAGACACUUACUCUGAUAAGUCUGACAAAGACAACGACCAUGAUCAUGAUGAAUCUGAUAAUGAUGGUCUUGGAAAAAGUGAAGAAAGUGACAGUGACACUUCAGAGAGACAAGAUGAUUCCUUUGUUGACCCCGACCCCCCUGAACUUAUAAAAGAAACAACUUAUGUUGAAGAAGCACAUGAGGAAUUGGGAGAGGCUGGUGAAGCAUCCCAGACAGAAACUGUUUCAGAAGAACACAAGAGUCUGAUCUGGACUUUGCUGAAACAAGUCCGACCUGGAAUGGAUCUGUCUAAAGUAGUUCUUCCUACAUUUAUCUUGGAACCUCGCUCCUUCCUGGAUAAGCUUUCAGAUUACUACUACCAUGCAGACUUCCUAUCAGAGGCUGCUCUAGAAGAGAACCCAUAUAGCCGAAUGAAAAAAGUAGUGAAGUGGUACCUCUCAGGAUUUUACAAAAAGCCUAAGGGCCUCAAAAAACCAUACAACCCUAUUCUGGGAGAAACUUUCCGCUGUUUGUGGAUUCACCCAAGAACAAGUAGCAAGACCUUCUAUAUUUCGGAACAGGUGUCUCACCAUCCUCCAGUGUCUGCCUUCUAUGUCAGUAAUCGAAAAGAUGGGUUUUGCCUUAGUGGAAGUAUACUGGCCAAGUCAAAAUUUUAUGGGAAUUCACUGUCUGCACUUCUAGAAGGCGAAGGAAGACUAACUUUUCUUAACAGAGGAGAGGAUUACCUUAUGACAAUGCCAUAUGCUCAUUGUAAAGGCAUCCUUUAUGGCACCAUGACUCUUGAGCUUGGAGGAAGUGUCACAAUCACUUGCGAGAAAACUAGCUAUAGUGCCACGCUUGAUUUUAAAUUAAAGCCAUUUUUAGGAAGUGAUGAUAGUGUUAAUCAAAUAUCAGGGAAGAUCAAGCUGGGCAAGGAAGUGUUGGCAACACUAGAGGGGCAUUGGGAUAGUGAGGUUUUUAUACAUGACAAGAAGACAGACGUUUUUGAGACAUUCUGGAAUCCCACACUAGAAAUAAGACAUCACCGAUUAAUAAGAUGCACCGUGAACCAAGAAGAGCAAGGGGAAUUUGAGUCUGAAAGGCUUUGGAGACUGGUUACACUGGCCAUAAAUAACAAAGACCAGACAGAAGCAACACAAGAAAAGUUUGUUUUAGAAGAAGCACAAAGGAAAGCAGCCAAAGAAAGAAAAGCAAAAGGCGAGGAGUGGACUUGCAAACUUUUCGAGCAAGAUCCACUCACUGGAGAGUGGCAUUAUAAAUAUGCAGAUACCAGACCUUGGGAUCCAUUAAACGACCUGAUACAGUUUGAAAAUGAUGGUGUCAUCCAAACAAAAGUCAGGCAUAGGACUCCAAUGGUACGUUCUGGGAGUGUAAUUAAUCUGAGUAACCAAGGGGCAAAGCGGGAGAAAUGCAGUUAUCAGGUUUGUGUUCCAAAGCUAAAACACAAGGCAAGCGGACAACAGAAGAAAGGUGAAAGUGGAUGUUCAUCUCCAGAACUGGAUAACCAGGACUCUUCUGGGAGUGAAGCAGGGGCAUCGGAUGAAGAACAGAUGAAUGUACUAAAGCCCCUUGCUCAUCUAUUAAGUCAUAACAAUCGAGUAAGAAAGAAGGGAGCAGACCAUGGAGAACUUCAAAGUGCCAUAGACUCCAUAAAAAAGACCCAAGAAGAAAUUAACAGGAACAUUAUUGCCCUCCGGAACAGAGUAUCUGUAAACACUUCAUCAACAGAGAACAGUUUUCUUCAACAAAGAGACUAUUUUAUCAUAUUCUUCCUCAUUACCCUUCAGAUCGCCGUUAGUUAUUUGUUCAAGUGAAUAAGACUUGCUAUCUGCCACUGUUGGAUUGGGACCACUUGUAGCCCCAUGACAGAGGGGCCUGUUACUUGGCAAAAGUUAUCUGUAUUCCCAACAGUCAAGACUUUGUGAUUAUUGGGACACUGGUGGCAAUACUAUUUGCUGGUCAGAACUGGUGUCUUCAUUCAAAGCAUAUAAAGCUUUAUGUGUGUAUGAUCUGUCACCAGUUGCUAAAAUGUUAAUGUGCCACACCACCUUCACUAUCUCUGUGUACUAAAUGUUGCUAGAUUUUAUAUUUUAUGCAAUCCUGUUGUUUAAAAAACACCGAUCAUUAUAUACACAUAUAUUUACCUAAAGCAACUAUAUUAUAAUCUUAUGUAAUCCAGUGACUUGUCCUAAUGAUGAUCAAGAUCCAGGGUCAUAACCUUAUUUAUAUCUAUAGCUUGUACAGAAAAUGUUUUAAACCUAAAUGCAUACAGCAACAGCAGAAAGCCUUUUUUUUACCAUAAAUGUACAUUCAGUGGCCUGAAACUGUGUUCUUUAACCUACUAAAGUCCCACUAUUUACAAUAUAUUUUAUCCCUGCCCAUAAGUUUGCACUGUUUAUGUAAUCUGCACAAACAUCUUGCUUAACACUUUACAUCUAAAGGCAAAGUCACAUAAAGUGUUGGCUCCUGCUUCCCUUCACCAGCGGAUCUGCUCUCUUCCGUAGCUCUGUGUAGCUGCACUAACAGGCACAGCUUUGGCAUGAAGUGAUCCUGCUUUUCUUUAGCUGCCUACAAAAUGCAGGCAAAGAAGGAGAACCACCGUUUCAUGUGACUUUGCCCCUAGGCUUACAAAGUGUAUAAGUAAGAUGUAUUUACUCGUCCCAUACAUUUCAAACAAUGUUAAAGGAGAAUUAUCAAUACAAAAUAAUUUCAUCAGAUGCAAAAAGAAAAAAAUAUAUAUAAGAACAAACGGGAGCACACCAUCCAAAAGAUCAGAGGCCCUGGGUGCUGGCAAAAAACAAUAAUAAAGAAGCAGAGAGCCGCACUCUCUAAUAAGGUGCAAAAAUGUAAUGGUGUCGACGUUUCGGUCCUACACAACGAAACGUUAAUUUACACCAUUAGAUAUUUGCGUAUAAUUUAAAACCUAUGAGUGCUCUGUGUUCUUCUACAUGCAUAUAUAUUUAUAAUCUGGUAAUGAGGUACAGUUUCUGAAUCAAGUUAUUCUUCUCAUCAUCAAUCUGUCUUUGUACACGAGUCAGUGUUUAGUUGGAAAUCAUUGACUUGUGCUGCCUGUGCCUAGAUGAUUAUUUACAGCUAAAUGUCUCGGAUUAUCAAUAUGGGAAUAUCGAAGAGUAACUUGAUUAUUUCAAUAACAGUACAUCAUUUUUAAUUAGUUAUAGUUAGUUAUUCUGGGUGAAGCUUAAAUAUCACUUUUGUUAUAGUUUCCUCUAAAAAUGGUCAGUUUCUGUAGUGGGCAUGUAGCUGUUGCAGAAAAUAAGUCACCUCGGUACAGGGGGGAUACAUUUCCCUUUUAUUUAAAAACAAAAGGGUAUGUCUGGGAAUACAUAUCCUGCAGUCACUGUUCAAACAUAUAAUGUGUAUAAGUAUGUUUUAAUCCAUGUGUAAACUCCAUAUAUCUAUCCAUAUACAUUGCUAGUUUUGCUUUUUAUCACUCAUGACUCCACAGGGUUGUUAUAUCAAUGGCUUACAAUGUAGCGAUGCCAUUUUUCCUUAGUUCAGAUGGAAGGUGUAUGCUGAUUUCUUUUUAUAUUGCUUGGUAAUUAGUCUAAUAUGACUAAAAGGCAUAAGGUUUGUAUGCAUCCAUAGGAUGCUGACAUCCUCUGUGUAUCAAGCAUGUGCCUUCUAUAGACAGUGGAGUUUUACUGUCUUUGGGUGCAUGCAACAGUAGGAAUUUGCAGCUUUUCAUAAUACACAAGAAUAAUAUAUUUGCAAUUUAAAUAUAUUGAGGGCCAUACAAAUGAGUGGAUUCAUCUUGCUUAAGUGCAAAAAAAUCCAAAACAGAGAUUCAUUAAAAAGGGGAUAUAUUGGGACCAAAUUUAGAUCAGUCAGUGUGUGACUCACCUGUGUGACAGAGUUUGAUAGAACAUUACUGCAUGCAAUUUUGUCCCAAACCAGUUGAAUCUUACUUUCUCCAGAAUCACUCUAUAGUGCCUGUGAGGCCUUAAUCUGAGAUUUAGCAAAUGUUUUGGAAUCUACACAGUAAUUUCCUUUGUUAACAUCAAAGGUACUGUAUGUGUAGCUUGUUCUGCAGUUAAAGUCCAAGGUGGUUAUGCUGAUUUUUACCUGUAUGGUAAUUGUUCUGAUGCCAACAUUUAAAGACCAACGCUUAUACAGAAUUUUGAUUGCUAUUACUUAUCCAAGAUUGCUUCCCAUUCAGUUGAGACUUGUAGUGGGGUGCUGCACAACCUAAAGCCCUGCCAUUAAACUUAAUGGAAAGUGAUCUAGGGCAAGUAAAAUUGAUCACAGGUAGCCAUUGAAAUGUUUCAUGGCUCUAAGGGACAUUCAUAUUUUAGAAAAUUGUUUUUAGAUCAUUUAAUUUAUAUUUUGUACAUACAAAUGCAUAUAUGUACAUUUUCAGCAGUGUAAGUUUAGUGAUACUGAUACUGAUAUCCAAAGUCGCUGGUCUUAAAUUAGUUAGUUAAAAAUCUGAUUAUUAUAAAACUUAAGGAGACUUUAGAAAUAGCUGAAAAAAGAAGUUAGCAGCAGGGUGGAGCAAAAACCAAAAAAAACUUUUCUCCUUUUUAGGGUGGUCAGUAGGUUCAUGAAUGUAUAUGGACCAAUUUGAAAUAGAUUUUGAAAGCCACUCUUUAAUUUUAACCUUUUUGCAUUUCCCCACUUUUUUAACAGAAUGGGGUCAGAAAAAAAUGACUGCGCACUAAUGGUCGCAAUGACUGUGGGCCAUAAAUACCAUGUUAAUUUAGAUUAUAUAUUUCUGACCUAAUUAAUAUUGAAAACCCUUAUCCUUCAUCUUUGUAAAGUGUCUGUAUGUUACUGCUGUUUUAUAGCGUGCUUAAAUAUAACCAGUCUUCAGACAAAGGACACGCUCCAUUCUGACCUCAGAGCGGAUUAUACUUUCCAAAUAAAGUAGCAACUGAUCCAUUACCUCGUUUUUAACUACAGAGCAAUAGUAUAGCUAAAGGUCCAUGGGCUACAGUGCAAAAUGUUCUGUUGCAACCUGUCUUGCACCCUGCAAAUACUCAGUCAAGCUUAGUCACCACUAGUUUUAUCAUACCACAACUAUAUGAAGCCUGUUUUUGCUUUAAGACUUAGGCCUUGGGGAGCUUGUCAUUAUGCCUCACAUUGAUCGGUCAUACUUUGUGUCCUGUUUUCUAGGUCCAUGUUUUACAUUUUUUUUGUUUGUUUAUUUUUAAGCGGUAUCAGUACCACAAAAAAGUUGGCAUGCUUUAGCAUGGCAUUCAUAUAUAAGAACAGCAUACUGUUUUUGUGCUUACUGGCAUUUGUAUUGGGCAUACAAUAUUUUAUCUAAUGUUGGUAGAGUGAGUGAACCAAUCAACAUGUUUUUAGAUAGAUUUGGUCAUUUUAGAGGGUGGUGUGUUUGCCAAAGUUAAGGGAGGAUAGAACUAAGUCACAGGAAAAAAAUUCUAUUACUGCCAUUGUUGGGAAAGAGGUACAUAAGUGCACCUUUAACAGUAUGCAGUCUUUCCACUGUGUGGAUUAUUAGAAGAAUACUGUAUGCUGUCCUAUACCAAAAUAAAACUAUAUGACUGCAUCAUGUCACUUUAAACAGUGAGUCCUUUUAAACUGUACAAUCUGUAACUGGGAAAACUUGUUCCAUUUUCUUCUCUAUUUUUUAGCUUGUUACUUAAUAGAAAUAUGUGUUUCUAUGUUAUCGACAUGAAAAGAGAUUUCUCAUAUUUAAAUCUAAAGAUUACCACAUUAAGAAGGAGCCUUUCAUAAGUACCAUUACUGGUUUUCCUUAUGGCGUUAUGGUACCUGCAUUUGAAGAGAGCACAAUAGUUGAAAUUGCUGUCCAUAUUCAAAGAUUUCAGAGCACUACUGUAAAGUAGGGGCUACAAGAUCUCAUAAACCUGCCCAUAUACCUUACCAAACAAGUGGAUCUUUGUGUUAUUUGGCCACACAUGUUCUGGGAUAAAUCUGCCUGAGCCAGUCGUUGGUCACUUAUAGAGACCCAUCAGACGAGAAACACCUCAACAUACUGGUGCAGCCCUUACUAAUGUUUGAGUGGCCUAUUGUUUGGGUGUCAGAAGGCCUCCUCACACGAGCCAUCUAGCUGCCAAGUCGUUCUGGAGCUUUGGUUCUGUUUUUUUUUUGCAAUUCUGAAUUGGAAUAGAAACUCAUUACAUUUUAUCUUCCUGUGCUGCACUAGAGACUUUCACAUUGCAGCAACUUAAUUUAUUUUAGCAUAUGUAUAUGAUAUAUAUAUAUAUAUAUAUUGCUCCUACAUACAUUUCUUGUGGGCAGUAUGUUGAAUUUUUUUUAGAGUUGGAUUUUGUAUGUUGUAAUUUGUUAACAAGUUCCUGUAAAAGAUGAACCCAGUAUGUAGUACAGAAAUGGAUUAAUAAAAGGUGAAUCCUAUGCUAGGAAACAUUUGCGCAUCAUAAUGCAGGAUUUGAGUGGCUUCUAUAUGUACUAUCUGCUGUGAGACUAGAUAACAUAACUAACACUUUCUAUUGUACUUUUAAUGUAAAAUAGUGGCAGUACUGCACUGAGUGAUUUGGUCUUUACUCUCCUCUAGAGUGCCAGUGUUGCUCUGCUGUAUUGGAAAUGAAGUGUUAACAGCUCUUUUUUUCCUGCUGCUGUAUUUAACCUUAAGCCAACCCAACAGAACAAUACAGUGAAUUGCAAAAAAGGGAUGUUCUCGUUUUAUACAUCUAUUUUUAUCUCAGAUCUUGUCUUGCACACGUCCUACCCUUGCACUUUUUGUAAUGAGGUUGAAAACCUUUCUGUCUAGUUAUUUAUCUGAACAUUGUAACUGUGCCUUUUUGAUGGAUGCAUCAGAAGAGUUUGUUGGGGUUUGUGCCAUAAAGAGAGAAUGUCAGUGUAGGUCCAUGAUCUUCCCUCUUCAACAUGGAGUUUAGUAUUAGUUUGACUAGCUGAUUCUUUGUCACUUUUUUUUUUUGACAAUUUUUUUUUUUCAGAUCCAAACAGCAAUAUCGUCAAUGCCUAAACUGAAACUCCUGCAUAUUUAUUUCUUUGUCUGUUCACAUAGCUAGUCAUCAAGCAAUGAAGUUAUGACUAUUUGUGGCAAAUCCAUUAUAGCCAUAGCAAGAAGCAGUGACCUCUCAGGCACAAAAGCGUGGCUUCAUUGUUUUGGUUCAGAGCCAAUGUUUUUUCACUGCCUUUUUUUAUGACAUGCAUUGGCUUAUGAAAGAUUCAAAGAGUGUGGGUUGCUCCAUGUUUGACUCAAUACUUGGCUAAACCUCUUUCAGUGAGUAGCAGAAUGGCAUCCACCUGGGAAACAAAGGGGUUCAGAGUAUAUUGACCUGUUUUAGAACUCCUGUCCUAAUUACAGUUUUGUUCUGUUUCUGAAUACCUUUUAAACUGGACUCCUGUCUUUUUAUGCACGCUUGGUAUUUUAACAUCAAUGCUUGUUUUUUUUGUACUGUUACAUUUUUAAAUAUAGACUGUUAAAAAUAAUAGAUUAAUAAGACCAGUGUUACAUGAUAAUGAAGAGCCAGAACCCAUGACAAAUGAAUGUGAAUAAACCUCCUAAAAUAUUUAUAUGAGAAGGUCUUUGGAAUGAUUAUGUAUGAAUGGACUGCACAGAAGAAUACACAUUUUAGCACAUGCUUUUCCAAACUAAUUGUAUAGCUUUCAAUAAGCUGAAAUGAACCAGAGUAGGAAAAUGAAAUGUUUUGUCUCUUGUAGCAUGUUAACUGUUUGUGUUAUCAUCUUGUUAAAGGCAUUUUGAAAGCUGAAGCACUACCACUGGUCAGUAGUUUUGUAUUUCCAAAUAGAAUAAAAUGUGAUCAUAAUACA